UCUUCUUCUCAUCUGGCUCGAUACAAAACUGUUUACAUCGGAACAUCACCCUAAAACUCGUGAACUAUUUUCAGGUAUAGUCGACUCGAUCGAAAUAUUUUCUGAUCCUGAUACAUGUGUCGAUUUUCUUACUGAUCGAGAUAAUAAUAAAGAACGGAUUUCACUCGUUCUGUCGGAAUCAUUUGGUGGAAAUAUUGUUCCACUAAUUCAUGAAAUAGCACAAUUACAUUCUAUUUAUAUUUAUGAUACAGAUGAAUCGAAAAAAAUAUCAUGGAUUUCCGAAUAUAAAAAAGUCGAAGGUCAAGUAUGGAAUAAUUUUCAAUCGAUAAGUGACCAUUUGAAACCGGAAACUACUGAACGACCAAAAGAAUCUGUUGCUAUUUCAAUUGUCUCAUCGUCAGAAAUUGCAGCUGGAACUCGUCAAGACCCAUCUUUUAUGUAUAGUCAAUUACUGAAUGAAAUUUUAUUGAAGCAAUCUAUGAUUGAUAAUGAACUUUUUACGCGUCUUGAAAUGAUCAAUUUUUGUAGAACGCUUUACAAGAAUAAUGAUAGUGAACUUCGAAUAAUCGAUGAAUUUGAUCAAGAAUUCUCGGCUGAACUUGCCAUUACUUGGUAUACACGUGAAUGUUUUCUUCAUAAAAUAUUAAACAGAGCAUUAUGGACUCCUGAACCAGAUGUUCUUUAUAGAUUACGUUAUUUUCUUCGUCUUCUCGAUCAACAAAUACGAUCUGUAGCUGCUGAACAACCUGCAUUAACCGAACGAAUUACUGUUUUUCGUGGUCAAGGUAUGUCAACUGAUGAUUUCAAUAAAUUGAAGAACGGUAUCGGUGGUCUUCUGGCAUUCAGAAGUUUUCUUUCAACAAGUCUCAAUCGAAAUAUAGCUUGUGAAUUUGCAGAACCAUUUAAAUCUAGUACUGAUCAAAUUUCGAUUAUAUUUGUAAUGAAUAUUGAUCCGAACAUACAAAAUAAUUCGUUUAUUCAUAUUGGUACUAUGAAUAAUAUUGGAGAAUCUGAACAAGAAAUUUUAUUUAAUAUUGGAACAGUUUUUCGUAUUGAUAAAAUUGAAAAAUUAAGCGAUAAUCAAUGGGAAGUAUAUUUAACUUCAAGUAAUGAUAUUGAUGUAAAUCUAGCUCAAUAUACUGAACAAAUGCGUAAACAAAUACAAAGUAGUCAUCCAUUGAUAAGUUUAGUCAAACUUGUAGAUUAUUUGGGUCAGUACAAAGUAAUUGAAGCUUUGGAAAAGAUUUUUAACGAGAUUAAUAUCUUAUUUCAACUUUUUGGUUUAAUGAGUGAACUGAAAUUUGCAUUAGGUUCAGCAUAUUUUUCGGCUGGACAUCUGAAAAAUGCUCUUACAUAUUUGUACGAAGGGUUAAACAUCGCUUUAGGACAUAUGCCAUCAAAUGAUCCUACUCUUUCAUCAAUAUAUAACACUAUCGGCAGUAUCUAUCAUAGAGCUGGAUAUCACGAAGCAUCACUUACUCAACAUCAAUUAGCAAUUGAUUGCCAACUAAAUGCACAGAAUCCAGACUUUGAUUCACUUGUGACUUACUGUAUGAGUAUCGCUAAAGUACAUAAUGCUUUAAAAAAGUAUACUGAUGCAUUAAAUUAUCAGAAACGUGCAUUAGAAUAUCGACAAGGAAAUAAAAAUAAAAAUGAUUCUAAAUUAAUGGAGAUUUACAGUGCAUUAGGGCAGACAUGUUACGAAAUGAAAGAUUAUGAAGGAGCAGCAACGUAUAAUGGGAAGGCUUUACAAAUUCAAGAAACAGCCUCAGCUUUCGAUCCAAUUUCGUCCGCUAAUCAAUUCCUAGCAACUGGGCGAAUAAGUUUUUCUCAAGGCCAAUACGACGAUGCAAUUCAGUCUUUCAAAUGUGCACUUGAUUUACAAAAUCAGUAUUUAUUGCCCAACAAUCCAUUGUUUGCAGACACCCAUCAUCUUAUAGCUGGCUCCUAUUACAGAAAAGGAAAAUUCAAGGAAGCAAUACCGUACUAUCAGAAAGUGCUCGACUAUAAAUUAAAUUUUUUACCUGACGAUGAUCCAAAUCUUGCUGUCAAUUACUGGAAUUUAUCAACGGCUUAUUCAGAAGACUCACAAUAUGAACGAGCACUUGAAUGUCUAUACACUGGACUCAAACAAUUACGUAAAAGAUCUGACCCGAAUCCAUCAGAAUUAGGACAGUUUAUGGGUCAAAUAGGAUAUAUACUUAGUAAACAGAAAAAAUAUUCCGAAGCUAUGGAUUACUUUAAAGAAAGUCUGUCUCUCAGGCAGAUCGCUGGUGAUGACGAAAAUGGAUCGCUCGAAGAGUGUUAUAGUAGAAUGGGAGAAAACUAUGAGAAAUUAGAAAAUUAUUCUGAUGCACUAGUUUUUUAUGGAAAGAAAUUGGAUAUCGAAAAGAAUACUCUUAUUAUUAAUUGUUCGACUAUUGCCACUACAUACUUCAAUGUAUCUCGUAUGCAUUUGAAAAUUUCACAAUACGAUGAAGCUUUACAACAUGCGCAAAAAGCACUAGAAUACUUACAAAAGUUUCCGAAUGAAGACAUAGUGUUAUUUUCGAAGACUAUUUUUCAUCUUGGAAAUAUUUCUCAUCAAAACGGGAAACUCUCUGAAGCUAUGUAUCACUAUCAACAAGCUCUUCCUUAUCUUGAACGGUGUAUCGAUGCCAAUGAUUAUCAGUUUGCAAAUAUUUACAGUACCAUAGCCAGAGUUUACUUUGAAACUGGUAAUUACAGUGAGGCAUUAACUUAUUAUGAGAAUGCAUUACAAAUAGAAUUUCUUAAUUUACCUGAUGAUGAACCAACUAUGGCUACAACGUACGAAUGUUUGGCUGAAACUUAUACUCGUUUGAGAAGAUUUGAUGCAGCAAUUGAUGCUUAUCUAAGAGCAAUCGAGCAACUUUCGAAAACACUCCCACCAGAUCAUGCAGAUAUACAAAAACUUCAGACAAAAAUUCAAAAUGUUCUCUCAUGUUAA